AGGAAGUGGACGCGGAAACGCUGGGGGUGGGGGAGCAAGAUGGGAUGCGAUGGUGGCACCAUCCCCAAGCGCCAUGAGCUGGUCAAGGGACCCCGCAAAGUCGAGAAGGCUGACAAAAAUGCUGAAUUGGUGGCAAAAUGGCACUACUGUGCUCUGAGUCAGGAGAAGUUGCGUCGCCCCAUUGUGGCCUGUGAGCUGGGCAGGUUGUAUAAUAAAGAUGCCAUCAUUGAAUUUUUGUUGGAUAAGUCAGCUGAUAAAACUCCUAUGACAGCUGCAUUACAUAUCAAGAGCAUCAAGAAUGUAACAGAACUAAAGCUUGCAGAUAAUCCAGGUUGGAGUGGUGAUAAAGAGAGUAUAAAAGGUGACAAAUAUGAUGACAUGCAGUCUGCCCGCUUCAUAUGCCCAGUGGUGGGAUUAGAAAUGAAUGGAAGACAUAGGUUUUGCUUCUUGAGAAACUGUGGCUGUGUGUUCUCUGAACGUGCUCUCAAAGAAAUUAAAUCGGAAGUUUGUCAUAAGUGUGGUGUUCCCUUUCAAGAGGAAGAUGUGAUUAUCCUUAAUGGCAAUAAAGAAGAUGUGGAAGUAUUGAAGAAAAGAAUGGAGGAUAGAAGACUUAAAAGUAAAUUAGAAAAGAAAUCAAAGAAAUCCAAGUCAGCAGAAUCAGCUUCUCAGCAAGGUACCACUGAAGAUUCUCCAGGUCCGUCAAAGGCUAAGGAUGGAAAGGAGUGUAUCAGUUCCAGUUCUGGGGAAAAGAGGCAGGUUACCCUCACCAAAAGUUCAGAUAAUGGAAAUUCAUCUGUCCCAGGAAAAGUCAAUAAGGCUUCUGCUACUACUACGAAGAGAUCCAUUGCGGACAGUGAGAAGUCUGAAGCAUACAAAUCUAUUUUUACAUCGCAUAGCUCAGCAAAACGUUCAAAGGAAGAGUGUUCCAAUUGGGUUACUCACACAGCAUACUGCUUCUGAAAUAAUGAUGAGCCUGAAUGUAACAUUCAUUACUGCUUUUCUUCCCUAAGGCUUUUUCUAUAACUGAUACAGAACUUUUGUUGUAAUCUGAUGCUAUCUGGGUUUAUGCAGUUUGUAAACUGUUUAUAAACUUAUGGAUAACUAGCAAACUUGCAUUAGUUGCAGCUUCUAUUACGUAAGAAAUAGAUCCCCAGAACCCAUGCUGUAUCAGCAGACCUGAUUCUAAAAUGGAUUAUCCGCACAUAAAUUUUUCUUCUCCCAGUUGGAUGCUGUCAUUCUUACUCACAGCAGCUAGUGUCCUCAGUAGUAACAGUGAGAGGAGGAGGAUCUGCCUACUGUCCUCUUGUGUUAUCGUAGAAUCAAGAAAUGAUUGGGGUUGGAAGGGACCUUAAAGAUCAUCCCGUUCCAGCUGCCUGCCACGGGCAGCAACCUCUUUGUCUGCAGACCAGGUUGCUCAAAGCCCCAUCCAGCUAGGCCUUUAACAACUUUGGGCAGCCUGUUCCUCGCCACCCUCACAGGAAACAAUUCCUGCCUCAUAUUUGAUAUUUGCUGCAACUACAAUUAUAGUUUUCAAUGUAUUAGUACAGAAAUUCACAUUUUUUGUAACUUUCUGACAGCUAACUAGGUAGAGCUAGUAUGUUUCUUAAAGGUUCUAUAAGUAUUUUCAAGUAAUUUGCCUUUUGAUGGAGUACAUGAAUGGAUAAUAAUGAAACUGUUUGUACAGCAUUCUUCUCGUACAUGUUGUUGUAGGCUGUUUUUAAUAACCAAGUAUUCCCUUGUAAAUCGCUAUCUACAAAGAUGAGCCUGCGAUAGCUUUCUGGGGUUUCCCCAGAAAGGUUUUGAGGGUUUUCUUUUUGGGUGUGUGUUUUAAAGUUAGAAUUACCAGGUGUGAGCUUUCUUUUUUCAGAGGAUCAGAAUACAAUGGAACAAACUUAUGAGUUUCCUUAUUUUUCUGCUGAAACAGUAAGGUUCUGUGUAACUCUGAGGAGCAAUUUGCCAUUUUGAAUUUGGCAGCUUACAUGAAAAUACAAGCAUUUGCACAGGGUGAGAGAGAAAUGAGUGGUGACAGAACAGGAACAGGCAGAUCUCAACUGGCUUUUUAGGGAGAAAUAAGUGGGCACCAGUGUCAGGGGAAUCAAAUCCACUGGUGACUGAUGGAGGGAACCGUGCCAGGCUGGAUUAGCUUUUGCAAACGUUUCUCUUGCACUUUGCAGGCAACUGAAAUGUGCUGCUUUCACAUCUGUAGCACACAUUUCUGACAUAAAGCUCUUACCAGGAAGCAACGACUGCUUGUUACAGGAAGAUGCUAGGUUUAGUACUCGCUCAGUUUUGCUUUUAUAUUUAUACUUUUGAUCCCUGAGAUGUUGAUUUAAAUGAAACUUGCUCUUGUUGUGUGACCAUAAUGCUUCAUGGUCAGUUGAACUGAUAGACAAGUGCUUAUUUGGUCAGUGCUACAACAGAAUAACUUUUUAUGGGCUUUCCUUUGCCCCUUGUAUUCUUAGCUAUUUUCCAAAGGCAGGAAUUCUUUUAAAAUGUUAAUGUUCCAUAGCAGUUCCAUAGCAGCUGAAUAUUUAAAUCCAAUAAUAACGACAUGAAAUGACCAGAGAGAGGGAUGGAACCCUUUCACCUUCCUCUCUUCCUCUGUUAAAAUACGCUUUUAUAAUCUUGGCACAAACUAACCAGAAUAGAAAUGCAGAAAGUAGGAGGCUUGUAAAACCGCUGCAUGAUGUUACAUUGUUACCUUGUGCAUGAAAAUGAUUCAUUAUCCUCAUAAUUUAUGUUUAAAACUGUCCCCAUUUCUAAUUGGCAAUAGUGAAUUGCAGGUUCAAAUGCUGUGUUUACAGUUGUGUAGGUGGUCUCCAUGAUUCAGGUGUGUUGAAUGAAACUGCUAGGAUUUUAUUAUUAUUUUGAUAAGUAUAAUUAAAAAUUGGCUUGUUGCAGAAUUUGUAUGGUGGUAAGCAGUUUUGGUUUCCGACGAUGGGAAUGCCUAUAUACCUCACAUCAAACAGUUUGAGGUUUACUUGAGCUUCCAGGAAGCACUCAGCCAUGGUUUGUAUGCGUGUCUAAUAAUCAGCUUUGUUCUCCUUGUUCUGUAUUCUUUUCCACUUCAUUAUUAACCUUUAUUAGUUGUUAGUUACAGAUAAUGAAAUUACUACACUAAAAGAUAUACUGUAGUAAGGCCUUCUUUUGCAGUCUAAUUCUGUUUUGACAGUACAUGUUAAAGUCCUAUUAGUGCUUUAUAGGAAUGCAUUAUUCUUCUGUUUAAAUCGGUUGUAAAUCCUAAGAGGAAUUAACUUAAUUCUUGUGAUCAAGCUAUUACUUUGCUAAAGAAUACAACACAACAUAAUAUGCA